AUGGAUCUGCAGCCAUACGUGAACAGUGUGUGUCUGGAGGAUGUGAUGCACGAGGAUGCAGUGGGGGCUCUGAAGAACACAGCCGAGGUGGUAUACCUCCGGGUGGCCAAGCCCAACAACCUGUUCCUGACCAACUCCUACAACCCUCCAGACCUCACCAGCACGUAUUCUCACAUGGAUACAGACCUCAGCCACCCAAACUAUCUAGGAUCUGAUUACCCACAAGCCCUCACUCCCACCUCGCCUAGUCGCUUCUCCCCGGUGCUGCACAGUAUGAUGGGAGAUGAUGAUAUCCCCAGGGAGCCUCGGAGAGUUUUGAUCCACCGAGGCUCGACAGGUCUGGGGUUCAACAUCGUGGGUGGGGAGGAUGGUGAGGGCAUCUUCAUCUCCUUCAUCCUGGCAGGGGGUCCAGCUGACCUGAGCGGAGAGCUGCACAAGGGCGAUCAGAUCCUCAGUGUGAAUGGGGUUGACCUGCGCAUGGCCACACACGAACAGGCAGCAGCAGCACUCAAGAACGCUGGUCAGACUGUGACAAUAAUCGCUCAGUACAGACCAGAGAUGUACAGCCGCUUUGAAGCCAAGAUUCACGACUUGAGAGAACAGCUGAUGAACAGCAGUAUGGGCUCUGGGACCACAACACUACGGAGCAACCCAAAGAGAGGCUUUUAUAUCAGGGCUCUUUUUGACUAUGACAAGACAGCAGACUGUGGUUUCCUGAGCCAGGCCUUGAGCUUCAGAUUUGGGGAUGUGCUUCACGUGUUGGACUGUGGGGAUGAAGAGUGGUGGCAGGCGAGAAGAGUCAGCCCCCAAAAUGAGGCAGAGGAGGUGGGCUUCAUCCCCAGCAAACUCAGAGUCGAGAGAAAAGAGUGGUCUCGUGUAAACACCAAAGAGAGGGGGAGAGAUAAACUCUCACACAGCUAUGAGACUGUCACUCAAGUAGAAGUCCAUUACGCCAGGCCCAUCAUCAUUCUGGGUCCCGUUAAAGACAGGGUAAAUGACGACCUCUUGUCCGAGUUCCCUGAUAAGUUUGGAUCCUGUGUUCCACACACCACGCGGCCCAAAAGGGAGUACGAGGUGGACGGGCGGGACUAUCACUUUGUGUCGUCACGGGAACAGAUGGAGAAGGACAUCCAGAGUCACCGCUUCAUCGAGGCGGGACAGUACAACAGCCACUUGUACGGCACCAGUGUCCAGAGUGUGCGUGAGGUGGCUGAGCAGCAAGGGAAACACUGCAUCCUGGAUGUAUCUGCCAAUGCUGUACGCAGACUACAAGCUGCUCAGCUCCAUCCAAUUGCCAUCUUUGUUCGGCCCAAGUCUUUGGAAAAUGUGUUGGAGAUCAACACUCGACUGACAGAAGAACAAGCAAGGAAAGGAAUGGAUCGAGCCCUCAAACUAGAACAGGACUUCCUCGAGUGUUUUACAGCUGUGGUGGAGGGUGACAGUUUUGAGGAGGUCUAUCACAAAGUAAAGACAGUGAUCGAGGAGCAAUCAGGGCCUUACAUCUGGAUCCCCACUCGGGAGAGGCUGUGAACCAUAGCGCCCCCACCUACGCUGUCCUGCACCACCUGUCACCCUCACAGCCGGGACAGUCCCAUACGCCUGUCCCGCUGUCCUCCAGCAAAGUCAGUGCUUAGGCAAUCACCGCGAGUGACACAGACAAACCAAGCAUAUCAAGACAAAAUCGUGAGAGAGAGAGAGAGACCACAGGGAAGCAGAGAGCGAUACCAAAACUAAAGUGGACUGAGUCAUCAUCAUGUGUAAUUACAGUCUGAGAGAAGACGUCAAUAUCCCGGUUCAAUGAGGCGUGGCUGAGC